AUGCAAAUGCAGUGCCCGCUAUCAGUGCCAGUAAAGUGUUGUUUGGUGAGUCCGAGUCGGAGUGGCAGAGGCGGAGGCACCGCCGUCGAUUCAAUUCCAAUGAUAGCCGCCGGUGGUCCCAAGUGGGCCCAGAAGACCAUAACUCUGCCUCCUCUGAAGAGGGGUUGUCAUCUCGUCACGCCCAAGAUAGUGAAGGAAAUUGGGGAGGACUUGUCAAAAUUCAACUGUGGCCUUGCCCAUCUCUUCUUGCAGCACACAAGUGCUUCUCUUACUAUCAACGAGAAUUACGACUCUGAUGUUCGUGACGAUACAGAGACAUUCCUCAAUACCAUUGUUCCUGAGGGGACCUCUGCACCGUGGAAGCAUACCCUUGAAGGACCAGAUGACAUGCCAGCGCAUAUUAAAUCAUCCAUGUUUGGCUGCACACUGAUGGUUCCAAUUACAAAUGGAAAGCUUAACAUGGGAACUUGGCAGGGAAUAUGGUUGUGUGAGCAUCGUGACUAUCCUACAGCACGGAAAGUUGUGGUUACCCUUAAUGGAAUAUGAGAUGCUAAGAUUUGGAUUUCUGUCAUCCAAGUCUGCAAAUAAAGUCGUACUUAGACAUCUGGUUUGUUGAUGGGAACCUCCUGGAGGGAUGUUAACGUCCUAAGCUGUUUUCUGCAUCUCUCUGGUUGAAUGUUUAGUACCUUGUUACAUGUAAAGGAUUUACUACUUUUGUGAUGCAGACUUGUAGAAAAUGUAAGAGCUAUUAUCUCGUAAUAAGUUACUUAUUCGGAUUGCCGAGGUAAAAUCCCAUGAAAUUGAAGAUUUACUAGGCUCGAUUAUUGUAAUGACCCU